AUGGAUUCCGUGUUGACACUCGUAAAUCCAUCACCAACUACACACCUCGAGUUCGACCGCAAUAGUGUCGUUAACGCGACCCUACUGAAGAACUCACAGCCUGCAUACUGCAUUCAGACGAAGCAGAGGACAACGUCUGCACGGACGGAUAUCAUAGAUAUCAGGACCCAAGAGGUCAUCGCGUCCAUCGAGUUAAAGGAGAUUUCCCGGACGUGCGUCAAGAUUGGUAAAUGGAUGAAGGAGGAGCACUUACCGGAUAAAACGUGCGGCACUUUUAAAGAUGAUUACAGCUUUGGUUUUGAUCUGCGAGACAGACGGGUCAGAGUCAUCGAAACAGCAUACGGGCGGUACCUGUGGAAGCUCCACGUCGUCCAUCGCUUGGCGCUGUAUGCAGAGAAUAACCUCGAAACACCCGUGGCUUUUCUUCAACCCGCAACGAGAACCAGUCCUCUAGUUCUCGUAGUCGAGUCGGAGGCGAUGGGGUUUAUCGACCAGAUAAUUGCGUCGUUCAUUAUCCGAGAAAAGGAGCUGCGCGCAGAGGAGAAAAAGUCGGAAGUCGCUGCUGGAAUGCUAAUUGUAGAGGCCAAUCCAUUGAGCACUGGAGGGCCGAUAGUCUGAGAGACAUGUUAGAGGGAAAAUGAGUGACUGCUCUGGAUUACCAGGUACCCUCCCGUACCAACCUCUCCACCGUCGACGUUCCCUAUCUCAACGCGAUGCCAAAUGUCACCCCGGAACACGAUGCAUAAACGCAUCGCUCGUUUCGAUACGCAAAUAUCCUUUGAAAAUGUCACUGUGAGCCCGACUCGGAAAAUUGAGAAAAUCCGGUCUUGAAAAGAGUGAUGGUAGGCUUUACAGAAGAAACGCUCUGAAUACAACAAUGCGAGAGAAACAAAGGUAUUCACGAUACAUCCAUGUCGAAGGCUGUUUCAAGCGCAGAAGGAGCGCCACAGGCUACCGCUGUCGAGACCAGACUUGAACCGGCCCGGGACGGUAGGACCUCGUGUUUGAUC